AUGUCUGCACAAGCACCGAUAUCGCUCGACGAAGAAGUGAGACUGUAUACGAACAAUGCAGAGCGCGAGAAAUAUGGACUGCUUGCGACGCUUUUUGGCGUCAUAGUUGCCCUCGACUACCUGGAGCGUGCGUACGUGCGUGAUGCAGUCCCUGCUGCCGAAUAUUCGCCGGCUUGCACCAGACUAUUGUCGCAGUACAAGACAAUGCUUAAACUCGUAUCGGACGAUGUGCCAUCAAUAGAAGAUUUCAUGGCUCGAUAUAGGAUGGACCACCCAGCUGCAUUACACCGUAUGAAGGUCGGAGUGCCUGCUACUGUGGAGCAUUCGAGUGAUGCUGGCAAACUCAUCUUCCUAUACCGGAGGUCAUACAAAUAUAUGAAACUGGCACUCUAG